AUGUCAACCGAAAUACAAGAAGCAGACGUUGACUCUAUAAUCGACAGAUUAUUGGACGUCAGAGGCUCAAGACCUGGCAAGCAAGUCCAACUACAAGAAAACGAAAUCAAAUAUCUCUGUACAAAGGCAAGAGAAAUAUUCAUCCAGCAACCAAUCCUUUUGGAAUUAGAAGCCCCAAUCAAAAUCUGUGGUGAUAUUCACGGUCAGUAUUACGACCUAUUGAGAUUGUUUGAGUAUGGAGCUUUCCCACCAGAAGCAAACUACCUAUUCUUAGGUGAUUACGUCGACAGAGGUAAGCAAUCCUUAGAAACCAUCUGUCUCUUGUUGGCCUAUAAAAUCAAAUAUCCUGAAAAUUUCUUCAUCUUAAGAGGUAAUCACGAAUGUGCCUCAAUUAAUAGAAUUUACGGAUUUUACGAUGAAUGUAAAAGACGUUAUAACAUCAAGUUAUGGAAAACUUUCACAGAUUGUUUCAACUGCUUACCAAUUGCCGCUAUAAUCGAUGAAAAGAUCUUCACGAUGCAUGGUGGCUUGUCUCCUGAUUUGAAUACUAUGGAACAGAUCAGAAGAAUUAUGAGACCAACAGAUAUACCUGAUGUCGGGUUAUUAUGUGACUUACUUUGGUCUGAUCCCGAUAAAGAUAUAAUGGGCUGGAGUGAGAAUGAUAGAGGUGUCUCUUUCACUUUUGGACCUGAUGUCGUUUCGAGAUUCUUGCAGAAACAUGAUAUGGACCUAAUCUGUAGGGCUCAUCAAGUCGUUGAAGAUGGAUACGAAUUUUUCAGUAAAAGACAAUUGGUCACAAUCUUCUCUGCUCCAAACUACUGUGGUGAAUUCGAUAAUGCUGGUGCCAUGAUGAGUGUUGAUGAAAGUUUGUUAUGCUCUUUCCAGAUUUUGAAACCAGCAGAGAAAAAGAAAUAUCAACCAAUUGCUUCAUCGAAGAAAAGGCCAGGUAGAAUAUAUUGA